CUCUGUGACUGUCAUACAAAAAGUCAAGUACAUAUCUUAUUUCAUGCGAUGGCAACUGCAUUAGGAACUCUCUCUCUCUCAUAUAAUUGUUUUCAAGUAAUAUCCAUGAAGAAUGUAGAAAUGUGGAAAUCAGUGAGAAGCAUUGCGUUGCUUAUGUCGCUGUCUCUGUUUCUGGGUUUGCUAUUGACCAUGCUCCAUGUCUCUGAUCUGCAUAACCCACUCUCUAGAUUCCGCAGCAAUUUCUCCUUUUCCCCUCUUCUCUUCAAUUCCAGUCACCACUUGCUUCACCCUUUUCGUGUCUCUCCUAUCAGAAAGUUGGAUAGAAUAUUUGCAGAAACCUUAAUGUCUGCUCCCCCAAGAAUAAAUAUGAGGAAGGACCGUUUUCUCGAGGGGCCUGUGUUACAGGAAUAUACAUUUGCUGCAAAUUCUGUUCCUUUCAAUAGCUGUCAUGCUUCUACCAUUGUUGAGGUCGAUAAAGAUCAUUUUUUGGUUGCCUAUUUUGGAGGGUCAUCAGAGGGAGCACCUGAUGUGAAAAUUUGGUUGCAGACUUGCAAGAAUGGCUAUUGGCAGCCGCCUAUCAUUGCUGAUGAACAACCAGAUGUUCCAAUGUGGAACCCCGUGUUAUUCAAACUUCCAUCAGAGGAGCUGCUGUUGUUCUAUAAAAUAGGACAAGAGGUUCAAAAAUGGAGUGGAUGCUUGAAGAGGUCAUAUGAUAAAGGUGUUACCUGGACAGAAAGAGAACAACUUCCUCCUGGUAUAUUAGGACCAAUAAAGAAUAAGCCUAUCCUGCUGGAAAAUGGAGUUUUGCUCUGUGGAUCCUCCGUUGAAAGUUGGAACUCUUGGGGGGCAUGGGUGGAGGUCGCAACGGAUUCUCUUAGGUCUUGGAGAAAGUAUGGUCCUAUUUACAUUGAAAAUGAAACUCUUAGUGUGAUUCAACCAGUUCCUUACCAGACUGCAAAAGGGACCUUGCGCCUUUUAAUGCGAUCCUUUGAUCACAUUGGUAGAGUUUGUAUCUCAGAAUCCCACGAUGGUGGCCAAAACUGGGAAUAUGCAAAACCUACUGAUCUCCCCAAUCCAAACUCAGGUAUUGAUGGUGUAAAGCUAAGAGAUGGCUCUAUUUUACUUGCAUAUAAUACAAUCUCAAGGGGUGUACUUAAAGUUGCGCUCUCCGAUGAUGAUGGGGACUCAUGGCAUGAUGCCGUGACAUUGGAGGAGGAUUUGGACAUGGAGUUCUCAUAUCCAGCUGUUAUUCAAGCUAGUGAUGGGUGUGUUCACAUAACUUACACUUAUAAUAGGACGCAAGUUAAGCAUGUUGUCCUUAAACCAAAUUGAUGCAGUGGAUGAGGACAAAGGGAACAAGAAUACAGGUCUCUCUAUUGUGGCACAAUAUUUCAGCAGAGUAUCUACAUCCCCGGACCAUAAUUUGUAAUACACUUCAUCAAUUUGAGUUUGCUGAAAUAUGAUUUUUAUUUUGUGCAGCCAAGAUUAAUGUAUAACUCGGGAACCUUAUGAUUAAUUUCUGUCGAGUGAAUAUUCAGGUACAAAAGAAACCUACUGAAGUUUCAGUUAUUCGUUGUGUAUGGGCCUAUUCGGUUAAUGGGCCAAGUUGUUGAAAUCCAUCACGACUUGUUAUCCAUCAGCAA